AGCGACGCGAUAUACUGUGUCUUGCGCCCGGCGAACUCGGACUUGCCGAAUUGUUGCCGGGCGCGAGCCCACGACAAUAUAACUUACUUUUAGAGUUAAGUCAUUGUUGUAAAGUGCAUGAGACAAGGUGAUACAUAAGGAACGCGUGAAAUCUGCGACUUGGGACUCACGCAGGAACAGUGACCAGCGGCCCAAUCCCCCUGCACGCCAUGCUGGCUGCGAUUGCAGGCACAUGCUUAUAUAAUACCACAGUAGAAAAAUAUAUUCUACGUUUAUCAAGAUUGCUCUUGUUCUUUGCAACAAACUUCUAGAGGUUCCAGCCUGUGGCACGAUCAGCUUGAGGAAUGGUGCAUGACGGGGUCAUAGCACAAUAGCAAUCAGCUUAAAGCUUUCAGACUGGCUGUGGGCGGCGGACGCUCGGCGAAAUGGCGGACGAGGAGGCGUAUGACGAGUUUGCAGACGAUGAGGAGCUGUUGGAGUACUAUGACGAAGGCAUCAACACGGAUGUAGCCGGCAACGAGGACAAUGCGGGAUCGACUGAGGGGGUGGCUGGGGCCCAGGAUCAGCCCCAGCAGCACCCACCCCAGGAAUCCCAGCAGCAGCCGCAGUCGACGCAAGCCGGGGAGCAGGAACAAGGGCAGCUGCAAGAGGCAGCGCAAGGACAGGGCGACGGCGGCGCGGGCAAGGGAGGCGCAAAGAGCGGCAAAGCCAUACCCGCCGCAUACUAUGAGGACACCUGCGAGGCGGGCGCCGUUGCGCCCGACUACCGCCCGCGCCAGGCCAGGGGCGGCUUCGGCGGCAGGGGCGGCCGUGGCGACGGCGGCGGCGGCGGCUUUGGGGGGCGUGGCGAUGGAGGCGGGCGCUUUGGCGGCCGCGGCGGCCGCUUUCCUGGCGGCGGCAGGAUGGGCGGGGGCCCCGGCGGGCCCGGCGGCCCCGGCGGCCCUGGGGGGAUGAUGAUGGCGAUGGGCGGUGGUGGCCGCGGCGGCCGUGGUGGGGGGCCGGGCGGGCCAGGCAUGAUGAUGGGAGGUCCGGGGCGCAUGAUGGACUUUGGCGGGCCCGGCGGACACGGCCCAGGGCCGGGCAUGAUGGGGCGCGGGCAAGGCCCCAUGGGCGGGGGCCCCAUGGGCGGGGGCCCUAUGGGUGGGGUCCAUAUGGGUGGCGGCCCCAUGGGCAGCGGCGGGCACAUGGGCGGCGGUGGCCCCAUGGGUCCCAUCCCGCUGGGCAUGCAGCAGAUGCAGAUGCAGCUGAUGGCGGCACUGGCGGGCAUGCCAGGAAUGGCGGGGAUGCAGGGCAUGCACGGCGCCGGCGCCGGGCAGCAGCAGCCGCCACCGCCGCCGCCGCCGGGGCAGAUGCGCGGCCGCGGCGGGCGGGGAAUGCGCGGGCGUGGGCCCGGCCACUUUGGGGGGCAGGGUCGCGGCGGCGGCAGCAGCGGCGGCGGCUCAUUUGGUGACGUUGGAAUGGGUACUGGCGCCGCUGCUGUGCAUGCCAUGCUUGCGUCGAUGGGCGCUGGCGGCGGCGGCGGCGGUGGCUUUGGCGGCUCGCUUGACGGGAGCGUUGGCGGCGGCACGAGCGGCAUUCUUGCGCAGCAACAGGCUCAGCUUCUGCAGCAGCUGGCGGCGGCAGGCGGCGGCAGCAUGCUUGCGGGCCUGGCGGCGGCGGGCGGCGCCAGCGCCGGUGGCGCCGGCGGCGCCGGCCCUGGGGACAUGCUGGGGGCUGUCAUGCAGCAGCUUCAACAGAAUCCGGAGUUGGAGCAGCAGCUAAUUGCGUUGAUGAACAGCGACACUAAUGCGGCAGGCGGCGGCGGCGGCGUUAUCUUGGAAGGCGGCGGCAGCAGCGGCGUGCUGAGCGACGGUGGGGCCGGCGCUGGUGGUGGCGGUGGCGGCAGUGGGAUGGGCGACAUGCCUAGCAUCUUCGCGCCCGGUGGCGGCAUGAUGGCGGGCGGGCCGGGCGGCACGGACGACGCGGAAGGCAUGGUGCUCGAGCCGCCGCCGCACCUGCGGCGGCCCUCGGCAGAGCCGGAGAUGCUGCCGCCGCAUUUGCGCGGCGGCGGCGGCAGCGGCGCCUACGGCGGCCAUGUAAACGGCGGCGGCGGCGGCGAGGGCUAUGGUGGUGGUGGUGAAGGCGCUGGCGGAGGCGGGGCUGGCGAGGUCGACUGGGACCGUGAGACGAUGCAGCAGGUGCUGCAGCCGCCGCAACGGCGGCCCAUGGCGGCUAACUCGCCCUCGCAGCGCGCGUACGGCGGCGGCGGCGGCGGCGGUGCGGGCAUGCAGGUCGACUUCACGCAACAGGAGCAGCAGGGCUACGGAGCAGGCGAUGACGGAGCCGACGGGCAGGAGGGCUGGCGCGAUUACAGCCGCCAGGGCGGCGGCGGCGGCUAUCAGCAACAGCGUGGCCGGGGCCGGGGCGGCCGAGGCGGCGCGGGCCAAGGCCGCGGGGCUGGGCGCGGCCCGGGCCGAGGCCGCCGCGGCGGGCCGCAAGAUGGCAGUGGUGGCGGCUGGCCGGCGGAGGAGGGCCGGGAGGCGGCGGGAGGCGGCGGCGGUUGGGAGGCGGCGGCGGCGGUGGAGGCGGCGGCGGCAGGAGCUGGGGAUGAGCAUGGCGCCGGCGGGGAGCAGUACGCCCAGCACGCGCACGCGCAGCAGCACUGGCGAGGCGGGCCAGGCGGGCGCAGAGGAGGGCGCGGUGGGCGUGCGCAGGGCCAGGGCUGGCCGCCCCAAGUGGACACCAGUGGCUCGGGCGGGGGCGCGGGCGGCGCGGGCGCCACUCCCGGCGGCGCUGUAUCUCCCGCGGCGACGGCGCCAGGCGCGUGGGGCGCCGCGCCCACCAGGCCCAUCAGCAACAAGUGGGUGCGGGACGGCAGCGCCGGCCCUGCAGCUGUGACUGCCACUAUUACCACCACGACAGCUUCAGGCGAUGCCUCCGCCGCCGCCGCCAACGGCACGGCGGCAGGGGCUCCGGACGCGUCUGCCUGUGCAGUGCCGGAGGCAGCUGGGGCGGCCCCACCAUCUGGCGAUGCGGCUGAGGCCGCGCCAGCCGGUGCCGGGCCGACUCCUGCAUCUGAUGCCAGUGCUGCGCCCAACGCUGCCCCAUCCACGUCAACUGCACCAGCUGCCACAGCUGCCACAGGCACAACUUCCGCAGCCGCGGCGGCGGCGGGUACAGGCGGCGGCCCGAGCCCAGAGGAGCUGAAGAAGAAGGAGGAGGCGAUUGAGCUCAUGCGGCGAGUCAUUGCUUUGGAAGAGGCGCGGCUGAAGCAGCAGAUGCUGAAAAAGCGGAAGGCGGCGGCUGCGGCGGGUGCGGUUGCAGGCUCGGGCUCAGGAGCAGCCGGCGGCAGCGGUGUUGCGGGGGGCGCGGGGCCGGCAAAGGCGGCCAAGCCGAGCGCUGGGGCAACGGCCCGGUCGACAGCGGCAGCGGCCGCAAAGGCAGGUGCGGGCGCGGGUGAGGGGACGACCGGCAAUGCUGUGAAGUCGCCAGCUGCGGCAGCUGCUGGCGGCAGCGGCGGCGGCGGGUCGUCAGCCAAGUCGGCUGCCGGCAAGCCGCAGGCGCAGCCAGUGGCAGCUGCAUCAGCAGGUGCGGCGGCAGCACCAGCAGCACCGGCAGCAGCAAAGGAUGGCCCAGCGGGCGUGGCGGCAGGCGCAGGCGCUAUGGAAUCGGAACCAGCCAGUGUGGGGGCUGCGGGGACCGGCGGCGACAGCGCUGCAGGAGCCGGGCAGAAGCAGGAGCAGCAGGAGCCGUAUUCGUUUGAGGACGACGGUACGGCGCUGUACGACGAGCAGUACGGGGACGGCAACGGUGACGGCGCGACGGCGGCGGCGCCGGCAGGGAGGCAGGAUGGCGAUGCCGUAGUGGCUGACGCGGUAGCCUCCGGCGAAGCCGCAGGCGCAAGCGGCGAAGCCGCCGCCGUCGGCAGUGCAUCUGGCGGCGAGAAUGACGAGUUGCUGCUGAGUGAGGACCUCGCAGCGGACAUGUAGGAGCUAGCAGCUAGCAGCUAGCAGUCGGAUGCAGGAGUGCGAGAAGGAGGAGGAGAGUGCCAAUGCAUGUUGCGGCAUGCGCCGCCUACCAACGGAAACGGGUGGCGGGAUUCUUCGUCGGCAAGUAUUGCGUGCGCGCGUAUACGGGAACUGACGGAUGGACGGACGGAGUAGGAGAAAGUGAUGUGAGCGUGAUGCGCUCCCUGCGAAAUGUUUACCGUAAUGCUGGGGCGUACAGCCCGAGCAUCUGAGUGCAGACCAGCAAUGGGCGCGAUGGCAGUAGCACAGGUACCAGGCGUGCGCGACGCUGCGAUAGGCUCAGGGCUACUGCACUUCGCAGUAUGAUGUCGGAACCCGGGACAUUCGGCAUGUGACUACGCUGUGCCGGGCCGCGCCCUGGCGCCCUGUGUCUUUUGAGCACGAAUUACAGCCCCUGGGACAUGUCAGGUUGUUUACUGGUGUAUGGGGUAGGAGCCACGGGUAGGAGCCGUCUGAGCUGGUGGGUCUAGGGCUCUUCCUGGGCUAAUUCAGCUUUCCCAUGGUUCAUCUCCGGGCAUGCGCAUCCUCGUUCGUCCGCGCGCCUGCUGAUGCAGCUGACGUUAUCUCAUACGUCGAUGCCCGAACCGCAACCUCCCGGAGGCAGGCGGAGAAGGGCAUGUGACACAUUGCGCAGUCAGCUUUCCCUGGAGUACUGAACUACCAUUACUCAGC